AUGGCCCAACUGUACUACAAAAAAGUCAACUACUCACCUUACAGAGACCGUAUCCCCCUGCAAAUCGUGAGGGCUGAGACAGAGCUCUCUGCAGAAGAGAAGGCGUUCCUCAAUGCUGUGGAGAAGGGGGACUAUGCCACCGUGAAGCAGGCCCUACAGGAGGCUGAGAUCUACUACAAUGUCAACAUCAACUGCAUGGAUCCUCUGGGCCGGAGCGCCCUGCUCAUUGCCAUUGAGAAUGAGAAUUUGGAGAUCAUGGAGCUACUGCUGAACCACAGCGUGUAUGUAGGCGAUGCAUUGCUCUACGCCAUCCGCAAGGAGGUGGUGGGCGCUGUGGAGCUUCUGCUCAGCUACAGGCGGCCCAGUGGAGAGAAGCAGGUUCCCACUCUGAUGAUGGAUACCCAGUUCUCUGAGUUCACACCGGACAUCACUCCCAUCAUGCUGGCCGCCCACACCAACAACUAUGAAAUCAUCAAAUUGCUUGUUCAAAAACGGGUCACUAUCCCACGGCCCCACCAGAUCCGCUGCAACUGUGUCGAGUGUGUGUCCAGUUCAGAGGUAGACAGUCUGCGCCACUCCCGCUCCCGUCUGAACAUCUAUAAAGCGUUAGCAAGCCCCUCACUCAUUGCCUUAUCAAGCGAGGACCCCAUCCUUACUGCCUUCCGUCUGGGCUGGGAGCUCAAAGAGCUCAGCAAGGUGGAGAAUGAGUUCAAGGCCGAGUAUGAGGAACUCUCCCAGCAGUGCAAGCUCUUUGCCAAAGACCUGCUGGACCAAGCUCGGAGCUCCCGGGAACUGGAGAUCAUCCUCAACCAUCGAGAUGACCACAGUGAAGAGCUUGACCCUCAGAAGUACCAUGACCUGGCCAAGCUGAAGGUGGCAAUCAAAUACCACCAGAAAGAGUUUGUUGCUCAGCCUAAUUGCCAACAGUUACUUGCCACCCUGUGGUAUGAUGGCUUCCCUGGAUGGCGACGGAAACACUGGGUAGUCAAGCUUCUUACCUGCAUGACCAUUGGAUUCCUCUUUCCCAUGCUGUCUAUAGCUUAUCUGAUCUCACCCAGGAGCAACCUUGGGCUGUUCAUCAAGAAACCCUUUAUCAAGUUUAUCUGCCACACAGCAUCAUAUCUGACCUUCCUCUUCAUGCUUCUCCUGGCUUCUCAGCACAUUGUCAGGACAGACCUUCAUGUACAGGGGCCUCCCCCAACAGUCGUGGAAUGGAUGAUAUUGCCUUGGGUUCUCGGUUUCAUUUGGGGGGAGAUUAAGGAAAUGUGGGAUGGUGGAUUUACUGAAUACAUCCAUGACUGGUGGAACCUGAUGGAUUUUGCAAUGAACUCACUCUACCUGGCAACCAUUUCCUUGAAGAUUGUGGCCUACGUAAAGUAUAAUGGUUCUCGUCCAAGGGAAGAAUGGGAAAUGUGGCACCCGACUCUGAUUGCGGAAGCACUGUUUGCAAUAUCCAACAUUUUAAGUUCGUUGCGUCUCAUAUCCCUGUUCACAGCCAACUCCCACUUGGGGCCUCUGCAGAUCUCUUUGGGGCGCAUGCUGCUUGAUAUCCUCAAAUUCCUCUUUAUCUACUGCCUGGUACUGCUGGCUUUUGCCAACGGACUGAACCAGCUUUACUUUUACUAUGAGACCAGAGCGAUCGAUGAACCAAACAACUGCAAGGGAAUCCGAUGUGAGAAACAGAAUAAUGCCUUCUCCACGCUGUUUGAAACCCUUCAGUCGCUCUUCUGGUCUGUAUUUGGCCUUCUAAAUCUCUAUGUUACCAACGUGAAAGCCAGACAUGAGUUCACAGAGUUUGUGGGAGCUACCAUGUUUGGGACAUACAACGUCAUCUCCCUGGUGGUGCUGCUGAACAUGCUGAUUGCCAUGAUGAACAACUCUUACCAGCUUAUUGCCGAUCAUGCCGAUAUUGAGUGGAAAUUUGCAAGGACAAAGCUCUGGAUGAGUUACUUUGAUGAAGGCGGCACCUUGCCACCUCCUUUCAAUAUCAUCCCCAGUCCCAAGUCAUUUCUCUACCUUGGUAACUGGUUCAACAACACCUUCUGCCCCAAAAGAGACCCUGAUGGGAGACGGAGGAGGCACAACUUGAGAAGCUUCACAGAACGCCAUGCUGACAGCCUGAUACAGAAUCAACAUUACCAGGAAGUUAUCAGGAAUUUAGUCAAAAGAUACGUGGCCGCUAUGAUAAGAAAUUCCAAAACGAACGAGGGACUGACAGAAGAAAAUUUUAAGGAAUUAAAGCAGGACAUCUCCAGCUUUCGAUAUGAAGUACUCGACCUCUUAGGAAAUAGGAAACACUCAAGGAGAAGCUUUUCCGCGAGCAGCACCGAACUGUCCCAGAGGGAUGAUACCAAUGAUGGCAGUGGUGGGGCUCGGGCCAAAUCCAAGAGUGUCUCUUUCAAUUUAGGCUGCAAGAAAAAGGCCUGCCACGGGCCACCUCUCAUCAGAACCAUGCCAAGAGCCGGCGGUGCCCAAGGGAAGUCAAAAGCCGAGUCAUCAAGCAAACGCUCCUUCAUGGGUCCUUCUCUCAAGAAACUCGGUCUCCUAUUCUCCAAGUUUAACAGUCAUAUGUCUGAACCCAGUUCAGAGCCAAUGUGCACCAUUUCGGAUGGCAUCGCUCAGCAGCACUAUAUGUGGCAGGACAUCAGGUAUUCUCAGAUGGAGACCGGGAAAGCAGAGGCCUGCUCUCAAAGUGAAAUUAACCUCAGUGAGGUAGAAUUAGGGGAAGCCCGGGGCGCUGCUCAGAGCCGUGAAUGCCCUCUAGCCUGUUCCAGCUCUCUCCACUGUGCAUCCAGCAUCUGUUCCUCGAAUUCUAAACUUUUAGACUCCUCAGAGGACGUCUUUGAAACUUGGGGAGAGGCUUGCGACCUGCUCAUGCACAAAUGGGGUGACGGACAGGAAGAACAAGUUACAACUCGGCUCUAA